AUGGAAGGGGUUGUUUUCGCCAACUUGGGAGACGAGAAUUCAACAGAAGUCAACAACACCAAUUUUCGGCACAACAUGUCUUUGGAGGUAAACUCUAUUUUCAGCAAGGCCGAAAGAGCUGCACUGAUUGUCGCCUACACUUUUGUCUUUUUUUGUUGUGUAUUUGGAAACUUACUUAUCAUGAUUGUUGUUUUCCUCCAUCGGCGCCUACGCACAGUAACGAACUUUUUCCUGAUAAACCUUGCUGUAGCUGAUCUUUGCGUAGGUGUAUUCUGCGUUUUCCAAAACCUCUCACUGUAUUUGAUGAACAGUUGGCCAUUUGGAAACUUUCUUUGUAAAAUGUACCAUUUUAUUCAGAGUUUGACUUACACUGCUUCUAUUACAAUCCUAAUGAUAAUUUGUAUCGAGAGGUACAUGGCCAUUGUCCAUCCAUUGUGGAGUAAGCAUGCUGUUACUUUGAAACGACUACGAGUUGUUAUAGCGUUCGUGUGGUUGAUAUGUGCAGUCUAUUGUUGUCCACGGCUCAUCAUUUACGGUACAGCAGAGAUUCCAUCACCAUCAGGCACAACGAUUGAAUGCUUCUUGCAACGACGCUAUUAUGAUUCUGAAGUGUAUGACAUUGUUAAUUUUGUGUUUCUUCUAAUUGUUCCUUUAGUUAUAAUCAUCAUACUGUAUACUAUAAUUGGUAUUCGUCUUUGGAGAGGUAAGCAGUGUCUUUCUCAAGCUCCAAGGACAAUUAUUAAUGCAAGGAGAAAAGUAGUCCGCCUUUUAUUAGCGGUUGUAUUGAGUUUUGCGUUAUGUAAUUUGCCCUUCCAUGCCCGUAAACUUUGGCAAUAUUGGUCGCCUAAUUUCAACGGAGGUACUAAGGAAUCCGUUUUCAUUACGAUUGGUACAACUCUAUUAUUGUAUUUUAAUUCAGGUAUUAAUCCCAUAUUGUAUGCAUUCCUUUCAAACAAUUUCAGAAAUUCGAUGAAAGAUGUGUUGUGUUGUCGAAAGUAUCAAAACACAUCCCGUUUCACUUCCUAUCGUUCAAAUGCACGGAAUGCUCAACGUCAGCAGAGAUCUUCCAUUGUCCAAAUCGGUUGA